UCAUCUCUCCCCUAUUGUUCCUUCCUAGACAGACUACCUGAUAAGGAACUCUACAUUGUUGAGCUGCAAUUCGAAAUAUGAUAAGGUCCUUCCCGCACUCGGAGGAACGCAGGCGACCACAGCUGUAACUGCAUUUGGGACCCUUAGGGGGUGCCGCAUGGGGCUUGCGCAUGCGCAUGCCCUUUCGCACGCUAGGCGCUUCUGCGCGGGCUGAGACCUACGCAUGCGCACAGCCUUCAUACACUGUCAGGUUCGUUAUUCUGGUAUCGGUGAAAACCCUCUGGUGGUUGCAGAGCUCGCUUCGCUAUUGAAGAUGUCCGGGCUGCCGAGAGAGACGGAUGUCCCAGAGAUGGGCACAGCGAACGGCGUCAGCGACGUCCUGCAGGCAGCAGUAGGCGGCGGGAGUCGAGCACAGGAGGCCCGGGAAGGCCCAGCUGCCCGACCCAUGGCGCGGGUACCGGGCCCUGCUCUCGGGCCCAUCAGCGGCAGCGAGCCAGGCCUGCUGUUAAUGCCAGGCUUGGGUCAGCAGACGUUGUUCCGCGAGUACCUGGAUAAUUGCUCCUUGGUCCCCGUCAGAAUACUGCGAGAUUUCGAGGAACGCCGCCGGCUGUUCGUGGAAGGCUGCAGGGAAAGGGAAGCAGCCUUUGAUGCGAAUCCCCCUCAGAUGGACUUUGAUGCUGUGGCUUUUACUCUGGCUCUGUCUGGUUCUCAGGGCGUCAGCCUGGCGGACUAAGGCGACUGAUGAAAUUGAUGAAGAAUCAAGUGACUCUUCGGAUCCAAAGAAGAGGCCUGUGUCGGUGUAGUUAUUGGGGGAAGGAAUGCAAACAAGGAAGAGAACAUGGCAGUGCACGGUUGAAAGGAGGAAGCACACUCGGUAAAAAAAAGAAAUAGGCACUUGAGAAUGUCGAAGCUUGUUUUCAAAGAGAUCCUGAGACACUUCUGACUCACUCCUUUGUUAGCGAUUCUCUAUUCCGGCAUUUGUGGAAAAUGUUUCAAGAUUGUUUCAACACCGUAAAGGAUAGAGGAUGGUUUUGCAAAGAUUAGCGCUAAGAAAAAUUACCCAUAAAUGGAACCUGCAGAAAUUAACCAAGAUGAUGAAUGAAGUUAAGGAAAUACGGUUGUUAAGAAUCCAGUUGUGGGGCGGUGCCUGUGGCUCAAAGGCAGUGCGCCGGCCCCAUAUGCCAGAGGUGGCGGGUUCAAACCCAACCCUGGCCAAAAAAACCACAAAAAAAAAAAAAAAAAAAAAAAAGAAUCCAGUUGUGGCUGGCCCGGUGGCUCACGCCUGUAAUCCUAGCAGUCUAGGAGGCCGAGGCAGGUGGAUUGCCUGAGGUCACGGGGUUGGAGACCAGCUUGAGCAAGAGCGAGACCCCUGUCUCUAAAAAAUAGCUGGGUGUUGUAGGCAGGUGCCUGUAGUUCCAGCUACUUGGGAGGCUGAGGCAAGAGAAUCGCUUAAGCCCAAGAGUUUGAGAUUGCUGUGAGCUGUGACGCCGUAGCACCCUACUGAAGGCGACAUAGUGAGACUCUGUCUCAAAAAAAAAUCCAGUUGUGUCCCAGUUACUGGGAUUGGAGGAUUGGAAGGCUAUUGAGAGAACUCUGAAAUUUUACAAUCUGUUCAUCUCGUGUCGGUCAAUAACUCUUAAGUGUAAGACUAAUGUUGGUGUUUUCUUUGGUACUUUAAAUGAAUAGUAAAUAUUCAAAUAGAAGAAAAAACACAUAGUAUAAGAUAACUAUUAGGCAAGUGUGGAAAUGUAGUUGUUUUGUUAAUUUUAAACUCCUUGAUUUAUUCUAGAAUAUGUCAUCUAUUUGCAAGAUUCCAAAAACAAAGUAUCAAAAGUUGGCCUGAGAAAUCUCUCUCAUAUGCCUGUCCACCAUCUGCGAAAUUCAAAACUAUUCCUAAUAGGUAUCAUUGAGGGUUUUUUUAAUUAAUUAAUUUAUUUUGGUUCUGUUUAUUUGUUCUAAACGUCUUUCGACAUUUGCCUAAUGCUUAUGCAAAUAAAUAUCAGUCUAAAUAUUUUGCAUUUUUCCUUUCUUAAAUCAAGGUAGCAUAUAACCUCUUUAUCUCUCUUUUUUUUUUUAGCAACUACAAUGUAAGACUAUUGUAAUAUGAUGAACUAGUCAUCCUUUGGACAUCUGGGUUGUUUCCAAAAUGUUUUAACAUUUUCUAUAUUUUUAUAUGUGUUUACUCAUUUUCCCUAGAGUAGACAUCUGUAAGUGGAAACUCUUGACUCAAGGACAUAAUGCAUUGGUUUUUUUUUAUAGCAGUAAAAAUUUUAUAGCAAUACCUAGCAUAAUGCAUAGGUAUUACUAGCGCGCUCUCCUUGGGACUCUACCAGCAUACCAUCCAUUCAUUCAGGCAGUGAUGAGUGUGCCUGUUUCUCCACAGCGUGGCCAACCAGACCUGGUUUUGGGAGAAUCUGACAGUGAAAAAUGGUUUCUCAUAGUAGUUUUAAUUUGCAUUUAUCUAAUUAUGAUCAAGGAUAUAUGGUUUCAAAUAUUUUUUUUAUUUUGGGUUAAUUUGAGGGUAUAAAGAAUUAGGUUACAGUGUUUGAAUUUGUUAGGUAUAGUCCCUGUCAUGGUUGUGUUCCUUCCCCAGGAGAUGUGCUAUGUACCCCCACACUGUGCCCAUUAAGUGGGAGCACACCAACCCCUUCCCUCCAUCCCUUCACCCCAUCCCGCCCAACUUGAAUUGAGCUUUUCUUUGUUGUGGACCUGUGCUAGAUCAUCUACUGGCUUCAUAUUAGUAUUGAGUACAUUAGAUACUUGCUUUUCCAUUCUUGUGAUACUUUACUAAGAAGAAUGUGUUUAAACUCCAUCUAGGUUAAUGCAAAAGAUGUAAAGUCUCCAUCAUUUUAUGGCUAAAUAGUAUUCCAUGGUAUACACAUAUCACAAUUUGUCAGUCUAUUCCUGGGUUGGUGAGCAUUUAGGUUGUUUCCACAUCUUGGCGAUUGUAAGUUGAUCUGCGAUAAACAAUUGCAAAUGUUGUUCAAAUUCUUACAAACCAUUUGUUUUUGCUUCUCAAUGAACUACCUGUGCAUAUCCUUAACUCAUUUUUUUAUUGGCUUGUAAGUUUAUUUAUAUAUCAGUCAUUAAAGAAGUCAGCCCUUUGUGAUGUGAGAUGGAAAUAUAGUUUCUCAGUUCUGAAUGCUUUCUGAUCUUUUUGUCAUGGAAAAAAACGUGUGUUUUUCUUAAUGUACUUUCAAUUAUUUUCUUUUAUGGCUUCUAGACUUUUAAGUAAUAGUUAGGCCUUUGCCACUCCAGAAUCACGAAGAAUGGGUGGCGCCUGUGGCUCAAAGAGUAGGGUGCUGGCCAUAUACCAGAGGUGGUGGGUUCAAACCCGGCCCCGGCCAAAAACUGCAAAAAAAAAAGAAUCAUGAAGAAAUACUGUUAAGUUUUAAAUAUUAACUUUAAAAUGUUUAUUCCCUUGGAGUUUUCAGGUUACGGUAUUUUCACCCGCAUUGCUCUCCUUUGCAAAGUCUAUUUGGGUUUUUGUUUAUUUUUUCUAUUGAGGAACGUUAGGAUCAACUUGACUAGUUUCAGUUUGGGAGGUUGUUUGUUUUUUGUUUUAAUUUCAGUGUGCUUGUUCAUUCUUCUUUGUUUGAAGUAUUCCUUUUUUUCUUCUUCCUCUGGCGGUGCUGGCUGUUUUUGAUGUUGUUAGUAGAGAUGGGGUCUUACUCUGGCUCACUGCUGCUCAUAUGGGUCUUGAAUGUCUGAGCUCAGGCAAUCCACCCGCCUCGGCCUCCCACAGCGCUGGGACUACAGGCGUGAGCCACCACGCCCGGCCGGGAAGUUGUUUGUUUUUUUAUGAGACAAUCUUACUUUGUCACUCUCUGUAGGGUGCAGUGACUUCAUAGCUCACAGCAACCUCAAACUCCUACGUUCAAGCGAUUCUCUUGCCUCAGCCUCCCUAUUAGCUGGAAUUACAGGUGCCUGCCACAACACCCAGCUAUUUUUUUUGUUAUUUAGCAGACCCAGGCCAGGUUCAAACCCACCAGCCCUGGAGGGCUCAUGACUAUAAUCCUAGCACACUGGGAGGCUGAAUGCCCUAAUCACUGAGCUACAGGUACCCCUAGUUUCAGUUUUUACAAAAGCUGUUAGUAUGUUUACUUGGAUUGAAUUAAAUUUAUAUCCUUUUGAGUGAGAACAUCUUUAUGAUGUUAUCUUGCUAUCCAGUAAUAUGAUGUCUUUCCAUUUGUUCAGGAACUUUUCCAUGACCCUGAAUGUAGUGGGUUUUCUUCUUUU